AUGCCCUUGAGAGACUUCCUAGAAAAACUUCUCAAACUCAUCCCCACCUGGGUUGAGAAGCGGUUGGAGCUGUUCGGUUGUGACGAUGCCGGAAACAGCCUUAGAACCGCGGUGACCAGCGGGGAAGAUAAAGAAGCGGCAUCCUUCACAACUACCCGCCUAGAGCACUGGUUUCACAAGACCAACACGCCGAUUCAAGUCUCGAAAUCGCCGGACGGCAGUCGACCGGCGGUCGUCGGGUUCAGGUACUUUGCGCAGGAAUACAGCCAUCCGAAGCCGAAUGUUACAACCUCUACGGCAGAAGGUCCUAGCAUUCAGAAAAGCGGCGCCAGCAGUAGCAAGUCCCUAUUUGACCCACCGGCGAGGCGGGGUAGUGUUGCUGCAUCGCCGUCGCCACGCAACACGAAGAGGAAGUCGAAAGCGACUCCUUCGGGAACGCAACCGGCGUCAGGAGCAGUUCCCGUUGCGCCGCCGAGUCCACCACAGAGCCGGGCGUCGGUUGCACCGCCACCGUCCCGUGCCCAGCGUCAGAUCCGGAAGCGGAGCGACGCAGGUCCGUUCGCUAGUGGAACGAGAGGGCGCAGGAGCUGCUCGGUUGGUCUGGGUAUGGACGCCGGGCGGGAACAAGUACAAGCACAAGAUCAAGCGCAAGUAGCCGCUAGUGCAGCUGCAGUGUCUGCCUCUUCCUCCACGACCGCACAUCAGAAGCAGAAGCGGCAACGACUCAGCCAGGACGCGGGUUCCGGCGGAGAUGACAACUCGCCGAAGAAACCCAAGAAGAGCGUGUCUUGA